AUGCGAUUACCGAACGCUAUACGUCUGCCCACUUUUGGCCAGAAGAAAAACAAGUCAAACAGAAAUGUUGACGCUACUUCUAGUAAAACAGCCUCUAGUAUAAGUGCAACCACCUCUUCAUCCAAGGUCAUUCCCGACGCAACAUCUGACACCUCCCCAGGUGGUGAUGGUGUCACCACUAAGGUUGCUGGCAAGAAGCUAGAGCAACUGGACGAGGAAGAAACAAAAAUAAAUCCGAAUGAAUUCUUUGGGAACGAAACUUGGACUAAAAAAGAAUUGAAAUUGGAACUGUCGUCGGAACCAAAAAACUGGCUUAACGACAUUGAAAUUUCCACUAAUUUUCGCAUUGAAGGCGUUUCUGCCUAUGAAUACUCGAAUCCCACCUUCCGUCCUAUACACAGCACCGUCUUUGACCGUUUGGAGCAGCUGGAAAAAUUGGCGACAAUUCAUCCUCCUCAGGAUUCCACUCCUUCCCAGUAG